CGUUGGUCCUCAUUUGCAUAUCUGCACCGCUUCCUUUUAAAUCCCUGCAGUUCUCUCAGCCCUUUCAAUGGGGCUGCCUUGAAUUAAAAAGGACAGCCGGGUUUUUAAAAGAGAAACAGCACUCUGCCACACUGAGCUCUGGAUGGCUGACCAUUAAUGCAAACCUAAUAUGACAGCCAUGUUGAGGACUGGCACUGCGGAUAGGAUGAGCCGACGAAGCAGCACCAGCAUCAGAGACGAGGACGGGAAGAUGAGUAGCUCCGAGGAGGUAUCCUGGAUUUCAUGGUUCUGUGGCUUGCGCGGCAACGAAUUCUUCUGUGAGGUGGAUGAAGACUACAUCCAAGACAAAUUCAACUUAACUGGCCUCAAUGAACAAGUUCCCCACUAUCGCCAAGCUUUGGAUAUGAUCCUCGACUUGGAACCUGAUGAAGAGCUUGAGGACAAUCCUAAUCAGAGUGAUUUGAUUGAGCAGGCAGCUGAAAUGCUCUAUGGGCUCAUCCAUGCCCGCUAUAUCCUCACAAACCGUGGCAUUGCUCAAAUGCUUGAAAAAUACCAGCAAGGAGACUUUGGCUACUGUCCUCGAGUUUAUUGUCAGCCCAUGCUGCCCAUUGGUUUAUCGGACCCAGGUGAAGCCAUGGUCAAACUGUAUGCCCUAAGUGCAUGGAUGUUAUACCCCCAAAUCUUCCGCCACCAUCAUACAGAUGGGGCCUUUGGAACGGCUUUCCCUACAUGUUGUUCAGGUGCACCCCGAUAUCGGCCGAAGCGGCCAGCCAACCAGUUGUGCCCAAGACUUUAUGGUUUCAAGAUCCACCCAAUGGCUUACCAGCUGCAGCUUCAGGCCGCCAGCAAUUUCAAGAGCCCAGUCAAAACUAUCCGUUGAUCUUCUGCGUCCAGGUGCCCAGGGUCCUGCUCUGAUAAACCCCUUUAAUUCAGUCAGGGCUGCUUAUACUUUGAUUUUGGUGAUGUCCCUUGUGGACUAUUCUUUGUCACCCUCCAGCCUGAUUUUUAGUAUCAUUUUUGGUGUGCGGUUUAAAUUUAAUAACAAUUUCUGUUAAUUCCCAGAAACACAGACUGUGACACACAAAUUCAGUAAACACCUCUAAUGUCAUCAUUUUGUGGGGAUUUUUUUCUUUUUAAAAAAUAAAAUACAUUAAAAAUGUAAAA